AUGAGGAUAAGAUCAAGAAGAAACGAACAGGCAGAAAGGGGAGAACUGGAAGCUGCUACUGCUACCACUGCUACCCCUGCUACUAGCACUACCAGCAACACACGGAGGGUCAUCAAACAAACUUUCGAAGAUUCCAAUCAAACCAACGAAUACGAAUAUGACGGAAGUGUCAACAAAGAACAAAAUCCAAGUGAGGGUACAGCUGAAAGUAGAAUAAGAUUGCUUGGGAAUUGGAUGGAGGCCUCGGGGCUGGUUACUUGGGAAUUGGAUGGAGGUCUCGAAAAAGGACGGGGGGCCGAAUUUUGGUUCUGUACCGUAAAUCCAGGUCUUUUUGGACAGGGAUUUAGCCCUCAUUAUGGCGAUCGGCAAACAACGCCCAACGUGAUCCAAUGUUGUGUGGCCGCCACUGGGGCCUUUGUCAAGCCUACUUGCUUGAGUAUAGACGAUCCUAAUCACUAUGACUUGGUUGUUGUCAAUUGGUGCUUGUCACCAGCAGAAUCCCCCGCUAUCAUCAAGGCAUUAGUCAACGACCAUAUUGAUAGAAAGAUUCGAUGUUCCAAACUGCAAGGACAACCAGCUGGACGAAGGACGGCUCAUUACGCUUUGGUCUUUCACAAGUUUUUUGGGUACGGAAUCUUGAUCUUUAGUUGGUGGAACUGCUACACAGGUCUUGUUCGUAUUUCUCCUGCCGAUGCAUUCUUCCAACUGGUCGUACUAUCCUCCUAUAGUAUUGGAUACGACCUUUGUUCCUUGUUUUCCCGCUUCCCCGCCCCUACUCAUCUAAAGGCUACCAUGAUUCAGAUGAUUGAUUUUUUCACGAUACCAAAGAAACGCAGUCACUCUCCCAAUCUUUUCUUGGUAUGGAUAUUGGAGAACCCAAAUCAAAACUACAAUGAAUGGAUUGGUUUGGAAGAUCGAGUGAAGCCUGCCACUAAGCACAACAAGUCCAAAUUCAAGUGGGUUGUCUUGUACUCGUCGUCCAACGCAAAGAAGGACAAAAAGACGCUUCAAAAGGCAACGGCAAAAGAAAUUUCCAAACGAAAGCAUGAAGGUCCUUUGGAAGGAAAAUAG